AUGGCUACGGUACAGAACUUGGAAACAAAACGCAUAGCACUCCGUUCAGACAGUAUGAACAACGAAAUAUCUUCAACUUCUAGCGAGGAAGGAUCUACGGAUCCCAUCGUGAAGUUUAAUAAUUUCUACAAGAGUUAUAAAGAGUCAGCAUCUGAUAAUGAGAUCAUUGUAUCAAAACCUGUCCAGAGAAAUUGUUACAAGUCACUAGGGAAUAUAGCUGAUUACAACGAAAUAAACCACAAUACUAUACAGAAUAGUAUAAGCAAUAUAGAUGUCAGCCUGCAUAGCAGUGAAAUAAAGAAAUUCGAGUCUUUAAGAAUACCUAUAGUUGGGUACGAAGUCAUGGAGGAAAGAGCUCGGUUCACGAUAUACAAGUUAAAGGUAGAAGAUGAUAAAAGAGACCAAUCUUGGCUGGUAUUUAGGAGAUACACAGAUUUUGUGAGGCUCUACAAUAGAUUGAAGAACGAACAGCCAAAUAUUAUGCUGCCAUUGCCUGGCAAACGCUGGUUUAGAGAUAAUUUUGAGACGGCUUUCCUAGAAGAGAGAGUGAGAGGUUUGCAGGUAUUCGUGAAUGCGAUCCUAAGCAAGCUGCCCAAUCAUAAGAUUGUCAGAGAAUUCUUCUGUCUCGAUGAACCGCCCCAAGUUUUCAGUUAUCAGCCAGAGGUCCAAGCUGUGUACGGAGCUUUGGAAGAUUCAAUAACAACAUUAAAAGUACAACUCAAGCAAAAAGAUGCCACAAUAAUGCAUCUGACCAAACGAGUGGCGUUACUAGAAAGUCAGAUCAAAAACUGCCCUACAUGUACAAAUAAAAACAAUUAA